AUGCCUAUUCGUGGCCUCGAUCAGUUGAAAGACAUAGCGCAUAUUGCUACCAAGAGACCGUGCGCGGUACUACAGAAUACAAGCAUUGCAGUUGACGGUUUCUGGUUUUUGAGAAAAUAUUUGAUGCCUAUUUCGAUAACACACGUGCUCGUACACGGUCUUGGAAAGUUUUACGUUGGUAUUUUGGACAUUUUCAAGCAGUUUGUGGCCGACAACAAAAUCGAUGUCAUCUGGGUUUGGAAUGGUUUCGAAUUCAGCAAGUCUCAGGCACCGUUGGUCCAUGAUCCGCUGAAGAUCGGAAUGGAAGAAAUAAGAAAGGGCAACUUCUCGCUCGCUGACAAGCAUCUCAGAAAAGUUAUUGAUCUGGAGGUGUUUGUUGACGAGAUUAACUAUUUUUUGCGGAAGGAUACCGAUAGAAUAUGCUGCGUUAGGGCACCCUACAGCGCGCUCGGACAGUGCGCAUAUUUCUUGCACAAUAAUGUGGUUGACUAUGUUUUCGGGGCAACCGACUUCCUGCUUUAUAGCAGUGGUGAAAAGAUCAUCACAGAGUUCAACUUCCUUUGCAAGGACAGAGAGGAUCGCAUCGAAAUAUUUUGCAGAAAGGAUAUCCUUAAGACACUCAAGCUUCCUUUCACCAAGUUCCAAAUGUAUGCGCUCUUUCUUGGCUGCGAGUACUGCCCAACGAUGCCGCCGUAUUCUGUCAACUUCGAAAUUUUCGAGAUAUUAGAAGUGCUGCGAAUAGGAAACUACUCUUACAGCAACAUAAAGGCUUACAUGUACACUUUUUAUGGUACUGAUCCUAUGAAGAGUGGGUACAAGCCGAACAUACUUAUUGAUAAUUAUUUAAGUUCGUUUAUUUCUGCUCUGGCAGUCCUCGAUUAUCAUCCUGUUAUCAGUUCUGAAGGCAAAAUUGAACUGCUGAGGGACACCAACGUGCCCAGGGACCUAGAAGAUGUGCUUGGCACAAAAAAGGCCGCAUAUUUUUACGAACAACUCUUUCUGUGUAACAUCAAACCUGAUUACAAGAACCAUAUUGAGCACAAGCUCACGUAUGUCGAUAAGGAUGGACAUUUCUGCUACACGAACGUGGAGGGUAUCAGUGACAUACACCAGUUUCUUCUCUUAGAACUUUCACAGCAGAAUUUCUUUACGGAGGACAUCCUUAUCAAGCUGCUCUUUUUCCUAGAUCACAUGGACAUUACGGUUGAUAACGCCCAUAUUGAACAUUUUCUUCAAAACAACCCCAGCAUAAUUUCAUAUUACCGUGAAAUCACCAAUUUGUACGCGUGCUUUGUCAAUAAAACUAAAACUGCGUUUCCUUUUAGUUUAAAGAUGGUUACUACGAUCGGUGUUAUAUCAAAGAACAAGGUGAAGGAUGCGGUUGUUGUGGAUUACUUAACGAAUGUUUACAAAUUGUUUAUGAUGAAUGAAAGUAGAGAUAAGAAUAGUAUUAUCGUGAUCAAAUUUUUGAAGAAGCUUUUAAAUUCCUAGAUAUAAAUAAAGCAUGACUAUGGUGUG